CAUAAUAGAUCUUUGAAUGAAGUUACAUAGAGAAGCUUUUAAGCUUUUAAUCUAACACUACCGAGUGCCCAAUAUCACUGGUGAAGAUUAUAAGUCACACUAGUGGCUUCCCAAUAAAUAAAUCUGACGUCACCCAAACAUAUGUCAAAAUGAAAUUAGUUUAACAAGAAGCAACAACUGAGCUUGAGCAGAGUUAUAUGGCUGUACACACAAUUUCUCUUCCUACACCUGGGAAUUCGUUCCAUAAGGGAUUAUAUACGAGAAGCAAAACUAAAUCUGUGCGUCAUAAAACAUGUUUGCCUGGAAAUGUCACUGCCACAGCUGCUUUGACGGAAUUGCCCAGUUUGGAUGUGACCAAAUUGUUCAAGCAAGGAUCAGGAUUGAAGGAAGCUGUGGAUAUUUUACAGACAGACUUCCAAAGCUAUGGUGUUAUUUUGCAGAAGUGCGCCCGCAGUCAAGACUUGAGACAAGGAAAGCGAUUCCAUGCUCAAAUGAUCCACACGGGAUUCGAACGGGAUACUUUUAUAGGAAACAAUCUCAUUAGCAUGUAUAUGAAAUGUGGUAGCCUGGUUGAUGCACGCCAUGUGUUUGACAAAAUGCCUCAACGAAAUGUCAUUAGUUGGAAUGCCAUGAUGGCUGGUUAUGCUAGCUGUGGACAGUAUGAGAAGGUUGUGAGGCUUUUUUGUGGAAUGCAGCAGGAACAGAUCAAACCAAACCGAUCUACUUUUGUUAGCCUUCUCAAAGCAUGCGUGAGUACUCCAGAUGUGGAACAGGUGCAUGCUCUUGUUAUUAGAACGGGUUUUUCAUUUGAUGUGAAUGUGGCAAGCAUUCUUGUGGAUGUUUAUAUUAAAUGUGGCGGCCUGCUUCAGGCUCGGCAAGUGUUUGACGACAUGCCUGAAAGAGAUGUUGUUUCUUGGACAUCCAUGAUUACAGGAUAUGCCCAAAAUGAACAUGGAGAUGAAGCCUUGGAUAUUUUCUAUGAAAUGUGCGUGAGAGGUGUGAAGCCGAAUCAUUUUACAUUUGCGAGUAUCCUCAUUGCUUGUGGAUGUCAAGGUGCAGUCGAAGAGGGGUUGGCAGUCCAUGCAAAUUGUAUCAAGACUGGGGUUAGUUCUGAUGCAUUUGUGAGGAGUGCACUGAUUACGAUGUAUAUGAAAUGUGGAAACAUAGAGCAGGCAUGUAAAGUGUUUGGGAAAAAGCCUGAACAGAACAUGGUUUCUUGGACUGCUAUGAUUGCAGGAUAUAUGCAAAAUGGGUACUCGGAGGAUGCCCUGCGUCUCUUUCACCAAAUGCAAGGUAUGAGUUUAAGAUGUAACCAGUUUACCUUUGCAAGUGUUCUUAGUGCAUGUGCUGACUUGAUAGCUAUUGAAGAGGGCAGGCAGUUACAUACCCAUGUCAUUAAAACUGGCUUUGAGUCUGCUAUUUGUGUAUCAAGCGCUCUUUUAAACAUGUAUGCUAAAGGAAAAUGCACAGAUGAUGCAGUCAAAGUAUUCACAAAACUACACGAACUAGAUAGCUUCUUAUGGAGUGCUAUGAUUUCCGCAUACGCACAGAAUGAAAAAUGUGAAAGUGCUCUGCAGCUCUUUCGUGAAAUGCAGCGAGAAAAUAUAAAGCUGGAUGAAACCACUUUUGCCAGUGUCCUUGCUGCAUGUGCCAACCUAGCAGUAGCCAUAGGAAGCGGAAAGCAGGUCCAUGCCAACAUCAUUAAAACCGGUUUUGAUUCAGCUCUUUGUGUAAGAAGUGCACUUGUUGCCAUGUAUGCAAAAUGUGGGAGCAUUGAGGAAGCAAAACAAGUUUUUGAUAACUCACCUGCAUUGGAUGUUGUGUUGUGGAAUACAAUGAUAUCAGGAUAUGCCCAACAUGGUCAUGGCGAACGGGCACUCGAACUCUUUGAGCAAAUGAAACAGGUAGGACUGAAGCCAGAUUACAUGACCUUUGUGGGUGUGCUUUCUGCGUGCAGCCAUGUGGGCCUUGUCGAUGAAGGCUAUAGCUAUUUCAAUUCCAUGAUUAGUUGCUACCAGAUCAUUCCAAUAAUGGAGCACUACAACUGCAUGGUUGAUAUUAUUGGUCGUGCUGGGCACCUGGACGAGGCAAUAGAUUUUAUAAACAAGAUGCCAUUUGAAGCUGAUGCUAUGAUAUGGCGGACCUUACUUGGUGCUUGUAGUGUCCAUGGUAACUUGGAACUAGGAAAAGCUGCAGCAGAACAUAUAUUUGAGCUAGAGCCUGAAGACUCUGCAGCAUAUAUUCUUCUGUCAAACAUUUAUAGUGCAACUGGCAGAUGGAAGGAUAGUGAUAAGAUGAGAAAAUUAAUGCAUGACAGGAAGAUUAAAAAGGAGGCAGGGUGUAGUUGGAUUGAAAUCGGGAAUCGAGUUCAUGCAUUCGUUGCAAGUGAUAAAUCACAUCUACAAACAGCUGAAAUCUAUUCCAAAUUGGGCCAACUGAAUGCACAAAUGAAGAAGUUGGGUUUUGUCCCUGACACAAAUUUUGUGCAUCAUAAUGUGGAUGAGGAGCAGAAGGAACAUCUUCUUCUUUACCAUAGUGAGAAGCUCGCUUUAUCUUACGGGCUCAUUAGCAGUACCCCUGGAACAUGUAUUCAAAUUUUCAAGAACCUUCGUGUUUGUGGAGAUUGUCACACUGCAAUCAAAUUUAUCUCCAAGAUUGAACAGAGAGAAAUAGUGGUUAGGGAUACGAAUCGUUUCCAUCAUUUUAAGGAUGGGUUAUGUUCUUGUGGAGACUAUUGGUGAUGCUGAGUGUACACUGCUAAAUAGGAUUUGAAUACUAGUACUAUAAUCUCCGCCUCAAGAGUUUCAGCUGCCUCAACAUUAUUUUUCUGCCCAAACCAUGAUGACAAAAUCCUAUAUAUCAUCUACAGCUAGUUGAAUCCUGAUAAAUCAUCACAUAGUUUCACACACUGUGGAAACAGCACAUAUAUUCAAAUCUACAGGUAGUGUUAUGCAGAUACCGUCAAAUUAGUGAACAGCCUGUGGUCUCUUUUGAAUCCAUCUAUUGAUGUCUUAUGGUGAUCAUAACUGUCAUUGUCUGUUUAGAGUUUCAAUACAUGGAAUCAGGAAUAAGUUCAGACAAGCCUUGUUAUAACAUCCAUCUAUUUUCAGGGCUAGUCAUCCUACUCUUUGAUACGACAUUCGAGUGCUUGGUUUGGGUUAUCUCAAUUUCCGAGGCACAUGGAAAUGUUAGAAAUAAUCUCUCUCCUUCCUCGAUUCCUAUUAUAUGAUCAAAGGCAUUCUGUGGGUUAUGUGAGGUUGUCUAUGCAUUCUAUUAACCGGAUGAAUCAUUCUACCAAGCUUGAAAAAUUCCCACUGAAAGAAUGUUUCCACACGUAUUUAGAAAUCGUCAUUAAACCUAGUGAAUGAAUGCAGUUGCUUGAAUUAUUGAAAAAUAGGAACAAUAAAUAACUUUGCUAAUCAAGCAUGAAAUAGAUUCAACCUGUGAGGGUAAUAUGAAUCAUGUUAUUUUGAAAUAGAUGUAUUCUUGAAUCACAUUGCUGAACAGAUAUCCCAAGAAAAAAGAAACCACCCACUUGACAUUCCAUGUACAAUUUUGUACAAUUUUAAUACCUUCAAACUGGUCGUUAAAGUCUUUCCUUGGAUUCAUUACCUAUCGGGGCAACUUUACCUUCGCAUGUUGUAAACGUGGUUUUUAGUCAUCCCAUAUCCAUCGAAUAUAUUAAUGUUUAAUUUUUGAGCCAUAUUAUUUUAUCUUUUAAGG